GAGUAGCGUGGAGGUGAUUCGUGUUCGUGUAGUGUGCAGUGAAAACCAGCAAACUGUUCGCGCCGACGGAAGACAUGUUGACGAUGGAAACGGACCUCAAAGGGGGCAGUUUGCACGCGACGAUGCCGCCGCACCACGCUAUACAAUCGUACGGGUCGCUGGCCCCCAUGCACAUGGGCCAACACCCCCAUCAGAUGCACCAUCAGCCCCAACCACCCCAGCCGCCGCCGCAGCUGCACCACCAUCAACCAUCAGCCACCCAACACCAGACCCAGAACAACAACAACAAUAAUACUAAAUCGCAGAACAUGGAAAGAGUCAAAAGGCCAAUGAAUGCGUUCAUGGUGUGGUCAAGGGGGCAACGACGGAAAAUGGCCCAGGAAAACCCCAAAAUGCACAAUUCGGAAAUCUCGAAACGGUUAGGGGCCGAAUGGAAACUACUGAGUGAAGCUGAAAAACGGCCCUUCAUAGACGAAGCUAAACGUUUGAGGGCCGUUCAUAUGAAGGAGCACCCGGAUUAUAAGUAUCGGCCGAGAAGGAAGACUAAGACACUCCUGAAGAAGGAUAAAUACCCCUUGGGGACGUCUAGUUUGAUCCCGACUAGUGACCCGACGCGGACGGCGCCCUCAGCGGUCCAACAGGUGUCCAGUCGGGACAUGUACCAGAUGCCCAAUGGGUACAUGCCCAAUGGGUACAUGAUGCACGACCCGGGGGCCUACCAGCAGCAGUACACGGGGUCCAACUACGGCCGCUACGACAUGUCGCAGAUGCAGUACAUGAACGGUUACGGUUAUGGGGCCACUGUGCCCCAGAGUGCCGGCUCCCCCUACGGCAUGCAGCAGACGUCGUCGCACAGCCCCUCCGGGUCCAGCAUAAAGUCGGAGCCGGUGUCGCCGAGUUCGGGGCUGCACACGCCGACGCCGGGCGUGAAACGGGAGUACGGCCAGCAGCCGCAGCCCCAGGGGGACCUCCGCCAGAUGAUCUCCAUGUACCUGCCCACCGAUGGCUCCCAACACAUGCAGCAGUAUAGUGCGUCGCCGGACCCGCUCGGGCCGGGGCCCUUGGCGCCCCUCGCGCACAUGUGAGAGCCGCUGUUCGAACUCGACGGUGGUGACUGAUGAUAAAAAGUGUAAAUAGUUGAUGCGAAUUUUGGUUCCUUAACCAUCUACAGUAUUGUUAUAUUUGUAAGGAUGCGGCCGUUCAUUUUGCUGUAAGUGGUCUAGUACAAACAAACUUUUCCUAUUUCUCGAUUCUCACGCUCACGCAAAAUGAAACCGUCGCCAUUUAUUUAGUUCACACUGUAUAUAGUCAUUCAAACGCGUUUUGUAUAGAACAUCACGAAGGUUCACUACCAAAAAUUUUGUAAAUAGGGCCCAGGAGACGUGCCCGGAAUCACCGGACAAGUCUCUCUUAGGUUUUUUGACAAACGAUCCCAGUGUCUCUUCCGCAUCUCAUAUUUAGUGUAAAUAUUUAUUAAACUCUUAGAUUUUUGCCACUUGGACGAAGAGAGCACUAUCGGUUUGUUCUUGUUGGUUAUUCUCUAUUAUUAUUAUUUUUUUUUAUAUUUUUUGUUUGUUCAUUCUUCCGGUGCGCGAAACAUUUGUUACUCGAAAAAUCAAACAUUUUUUAAUUGUGAUGUCGGCCUGAGAAAGAAAUGAACAUUUCAAAUUUAUCAUCACAGCUUUGUACAUAUUAAUUUUAAGUUACUUUUUUCAAUGUACAGUGUGUUUACAAUUAUUAGUCAAUGGAACGAAAAUGUGAAUAUAUGAGAUUGACAAGUU